AUGGCGGGAGACGGCCUGCCGAGGGACGCAGAAUCGGGCUGGCCUGUAGACUUAAUCGGACGAUUGAGAGCCAUUGCGGAAAAGCAUGUCCAAGAGAUCGAUGAAGACAAGCUGCAGGAAGAAAAGGACGAAUUGAAGAGAAAACAAGACAUAGAGCACUAUGCGAAACGCAAGAAGCAGGAGAAGCACGAGAGCUCUAUCAUCUCCAUCGACGUGCCCAUCCCCAAGAUGAGAUCAGCUCAAGACGUCCUAAAGCGACUCCAAUGGGAUACUGAUCUCGACAUGUCAAAAUAUGUCAUUGGGUAUCUUGAACGAUUCGCUGGCAUCAAAGAAAUACCCGCAAGAAAAUGGCUCUCUGAGGUAACCGAGGAGGAAUGGAUCCCCCAACAUCGCAUUAAAUACUUCAAACGACUCUCUGAGAACGGAGAGGACGAGAUCGUCUGGGACCGCGAGAAACGGAUUGACAAGAUCUUCGGUACUGGCUGGAAAGUGAGCAGUUCGGAGGACGACGAGAAGGCGGAUAUUCGUUCCACAGAUGGCGGUGUCAGUCUCUUACCACGAUAG